AAUCUCUAUAGCCCUUCCAGGAUUUGAUCAGAUCUGAGAUCUCCUGGUCUUUUCCUUUUGUUAUCUUCGAACUUCUCUAUCUUCCUUCCUUUGCCUGGUCGCUUGACUAGUUCACAAAACCAGGAUGUCCUCAUCCUUCGUGUGGACCGUAGGGUCCAUUGCUCUUUCUUUGAUCACUCCGACGAUCGCAGACGGCUCUGGUAGCCGUUAUCAGCUGAUUGAAGCCUGGCAGGGAGAGAAGUUUCUGGACCAUUUCAACGUCUUCAGCGGUGCCGACCCAACCAAUGGAUUCGUCACCUAUACCAACCAGAGCUACGCAGAGAGCUCGGGUCUCAUCAAGGUAACCGAAAGUGGUAGUUUCUACAUGGGCGUUGACUACGAGACCGAGCUCAGCCCGAACGGGCCGGGUCGAGAGUCGGUCCGUAUUGAGAGCAAAGAGUACUAUGAUGAGGGUUUGUACAUCAUCGACCUCCAGCACAUGCCGGGUAGCGCCUGCGGUACGUGGCCCGCUUUCUGGUCGGUGGGACCUAACUGGCCCUAUGAUGGUGAAAUCGAUAUCAUUGAGGGUGUCAACAAGCAUGAAGCCAACAAGAUUGUCCUGCAUACGAGCGGUUCGUGCGCCUUGUCCAACGAAAACGAUAUGACCGGUACAAUGACAUCCAACGAGUGUGGCGAAGCAUCGGGGACCGUCGGCUGUGUGGUCGAGGGCAAGACUGGCACCUCGGGCACCCCUUUCAACGAGAAGAAAGGUGGUGUCUAUGCUAUGGAAUGGACUUCGAGUUUUGUUAAGAUUUGGUAUUUCGCGCGCAGUGAAAUUCCCAAGUCGAUUACCGAGGGUAACCCCGACACGACGGCCUUUGGCGCACCGAUGGCUCACUUGCAGGGGACGUGCGACUUUGGCGCGCGCUUCAAGUCGCAGAAAUUCAUCCUUGAUACUACCUUCUGUGGAGAUUGGGCUGGUGGCGUGUUCGGUGACUCCGGUUGCCCAGUCAGCGACCCCAGCAACCCUAUCCAGAGCUGUGUCAACUAUGUGGCCCAAAACCCUGCCGCUUUCAAGGAAGCUUACUGGGAAAUCAACUACAUCAAGCUGUUCCAGACUGGCACUGGCCAUGCGACCGCAUCCGUUGUUUCGCAAGCGGAGACCGCCACUGCUGUUGCGUCCAAGACAAUUGACAGCGUUUCAUCUGUCACCUCCACUACCGCUCCUGCUCCAGAGACGGCAUCUGCCGAGGCACCCGCCACUUCAAGCGCAGUUCCCGAACCUGCCAACCCGCAGACCAGCGUUGCCGGUGCCGAGACCACCGCUGCCCCAGCUCCUUCGGCUCAGACCACCGCUGCCCCAGCGAACCCUUCGUCAGAUGACAGCGAUGAGGGUGCUGAUGCUGUUUCGGAAACCACCAUCUAUGUGACAGAAACCACGACCAUCUGCGGAGCCACUACUCAGAAGGGUUCUAUCCAAACUCUCAGCGCCGGAGAGACCGACGUCUCUCCGGCAAGCUCCACGGUCGAGUCGGCGGCUCCUCCCGCUGCUGCUACGCCAACGGCCCAGGAACCUGUCGCUUCGCAGCCUGGAACUACCGUGAACGGCGGUACUCCCGUUCCCACCGAUGUUUCCCCCGAAACUCCUGCCGAGGAGACGGCUGGUGAAUCUAGUGCACCGACCCCAAGUGCCCAACAGCCAGAACAAUCACCACCCUCUGCAACCAACAUCGAGCCUGGCACCGUUCCCCCGGCUGCGUCGACCGCAGCCCCUACCGAGGAGGGUACCCCAGAGGGAGCUAGCCCAGUUGGUGCCACCGAGUCGAGACAGGCCCCUGAACCGGCACCCACGAGCGUUGCCCCCAUCCGCAGCCCUUCCCACUCUUCAUGGACCAUCCACUCCUCGAGCCGUGUUGCAUCGUCUUCUAGCUUUACUUCCACCACAGCUUCCGCGAGUCGCACCGCAACCCAGGAGGCUAGCGCUCCGACGGAGACCAAUGCAGGCGCGUCGACCGGGACUAAUCCCGAAAGUCCUGUCUUCACUGCGGGUGCGAGCAAGCCCGUAGGCAUCUCAGGCAUGGCCGGUAUUGUUUGUGGUGUUUUCAUGGCUAUGUUGGUCUAAACAAUGUAUUUCUAAGUCGGCAGAUGUUUCCACUUUUUGUUUGGUCUACCAUUUUCUUUGAAGCGACAUAUCCAGUAGACCGGGG